AGGUCCACUUGUGACCUCCCUAGUCCCAAAUCUCCCUCGCGUCCUCUCUAUGCCAGCUCACCUCACUAUACUUAAUUAUUCCUGACCUGCAGCCCCUGUGAUCCCGCCAGAGACAGUUGCAAACUGACCACAUAGAACAGACGCCCCUCGUCAAAGCGCGGGCCUCCAUCAGCUCAGGAGGUAACCUCAAGGCGCAUGUGCUGCCAGAAACAGACACAUACCGAUGGCGUCAUGUCUAUGGCGUCAGUGAGGCGCCAUAUCUGAAAUCUGGUCGCAAAUUCAUUGAUGCUGGCUGGAGCAAAUCGAUGUACUGCUGUUACCACCUUACACAAGAACGUUCUUGACCAGGGCAGCUGGAGCUCGGGUGGCUGCGGCCGUGCGCACGCGACACGGAGCUCAUGGACCUGAUGGGUAGCCCCAUGGCGGAGGGGCCCAGCAGUCCUGAUGGGGAGGAGGCACGGGCCGCGCCCCUGCGGCGGAGCCUCAGCUUUAGGCACUGGAGCGAGCCCGAGGCGCUGCUGAGCCCUGCGCUGAGCGGCGGUAGGCGCCGCAGCAGCUCCGGAAGUCUGGCAUGGAUGCCCGACGACGAGGUCGAGGCGGACGUCGUCCGGGCACCGGUGGCUGGAGCGCAGCCGGCGGCUGAGAAGCGCAACACCUUGGACGUGGGCGAGGUGGUCAGCAAGAACGAUGCCCUCUCACACCUGGAGCGCUGGGAGCGCAGGGAGCGCAGCAAGAGCAAGAACCGCAUGCUGGACAACAGCGACCUGCAGCGGCUGGAGCGCGCGCGGGCCGCGGCUGCCGGCCUUGGGACCGCCUCGGAGCACCGGCUGCUGCGUUUCUUCAGUGGCAUCUUCGCGCGCUGGGACGGCGGGCCCUCACCCCGCAGCAGCGCCCUGAGCUCCCGCGGUUACUUCAGUCUGCGGCGGGCCCCGGCCGACACUCACUGGUCCAGUGCCAAGAGCAUCGAGGGGUCCCCGCGCAGAGGUGGGCAGUCCAGCCUGGGACUCCUGGGCUGGAUGAAGAGUGGUGGGGGCUGGGUCUGCGCUCCAGCAGACUGCGGUGUGAGCACUUUGGGGCCGGGGUACAGCGGGGGCAGUGCUUUUCCUGGUGUCCAGCGAGGGUGCAAACUAACCUGCUGCACAGUGCAGCAGCCUGGGUGCUACUGAAUGCUGUCACUCCGGGCUUUAUGUGCGUUAACAGUUCCGGGCCUCCCACCUGGCCUUAGUGAGUUGACUAGGGUAGGAUUACCUGGUCAAAUGUUUGCCCCUUGCUGGUGCUGGUUCAGCCUUCUUCAUCAAGAAAUAUGGAGCGACAGGAGCCGGAUGUAGAUCGCUCCUGAGAGACACAGCCAGAAUACAGCAAAUACAGAGGCGAAUGCCAGCAGCAAACCACUGAACUGAGAAUAGGACCCCCGUUGAAGGAAUCAGAGAAAGAACUGGAAGAGCUUGAAGGGGCUCGAGACCCCAUAUGUACAACAAUGCCAAGCAACCAGAGCUUCCAGGGACUAAGCCACUACCUAAAGACUAUACAUGGACUGACCCUGGACUCUGACCUCAUAGGUAGCAAUGAAUAUCCUAGUAAGAGCACCAGUGGAAGGGGAAGCCCUGGGUCCUGCUAAGACUGAACCCCCAGUGAACUAGA